CCGCGCUGUUUUUGGUCCCUUUUUCCUUCCGCCGCCGCUUUUUUUUUUUUUUUUUUUAAUUUAAUUUAAUCUAAUUUUUAUUUUUCCUCUUUCCGGGACGGAACGGAACCCGGACAGGGAAAUAAAAAAAUCCCCGCGGGUCCCGGGAGGAGCGGCCGGACCCGGCCGGGCCUGCGGCCUCCAUGACAGCAGGAGCCGGCGCCGGGAGCUGCCCUCGGAUCCGGAUCCGGCGCUCGGGUGCUCCCGGCCCCGCAGGAUCCCGGGGCGGCUCCGGUGGCCCCGGGGGGCCCCGGGGGGGGCGGGGCCGCCAUGGCUGAGGUGCAGGUGGUCAAGGAGGGCUGGCUGCACAAGAGGGGCGAGUACAUCAAGACGUGGCGCCCCCGUUAUUUCCUGCUCAAGAGCGACGGCUCCUUCAUCGGCUACAAGGAGCGGCCCGAGAGCUCCGAGCACGGCCUCCCCCCCCUCAACAACUUCUCCGUGGCCGAGUGCCAGCUGAUGAGGACGGAGCGGCCGCGCCCCAACACCUUCGUCAUCCGCUGCCUGCAGUGGACCACGGUCAUCGAGAGGACCUUCCACGUGGACACGGCCCAGGAGCGCGAGGAGUGGCUCCAGGCCAUCCAGGCCGUGGCCUCCCGGCUGAAGAGGCGCGCGCCGGCCCCGGAGCCGCCGGAGCUCCGGGGAUCCCCCGGCGAGGGCGAGGACGGAGAGGCCGCCGGGAAACCCCGCAGCAAGGCCAGCAUGGAGGAUUUUGAUUACCUGAAGCUGCUGGGCAAGGGCACCUUCGGGAAGGUGAUCCUGGUGCGCGAGAAGAGCUCGGGCCAGCACUACGCCAUGAAGAUCCUGCGCAAGGAGGUCGUCAUCGCCAAGGACGAGGUGGCGCACACGGUGACCGAGAGCCGCGUCCUGCAGAGCAGCCGCCACCCCUUCCUGACCGCUCUCAAGUACGCCUUCCAGACCAGCGACCGCCUCUGCUUCGUGCUGGAGUACGCCAACGGCGGCGAGCUGUUUUUCCACCUGUCCCGGGAGCGGGUGUUCCCCGAGUCCCGCGCGCGCUUCUACGGCGCCGAGAUCGUCUCGGCCCUGGAGUACCUGCACUCGCGGGACGUCGUCUAUCGCGACAUCAAGCUGGAGAAUCUGAUGCUGGACAAGGACGGGCACAUCAAGAUCACGGAUUUCGGGCUCUGCAAGGAGGGCGUGACCGACGGCACCACCAUGAGAACCUUCUGCGGCACCCCCGAGUACCUGGCGCCCGAGGUCCUGGAAGACAACGACUACGGCCGCGCCGUGGACUGGUGGGGGCUGGGCGUGGUCAUGUACGAGAUGCUCUGCGGGCGCCUCCCCUUCUACAACCAGGACAACGAGCGGCUCUUCGAGCUCAUCCUGCUGGAGGAGCUGCGCUUCCCCCGGUCCCUGGGGCCCGAGAGCCGCUCCCUGCUGGCCGGCCUGCUCAAAAAGGAUCCCAAACAAAGGCUGGGCGGCGGCCCAGGUGACGCCCGCGAGGUGAUGGAGCAUCGCUUCUUCGCGGGCAUCGAUUGGCAGGACGUGGUGCAGAGGAAGCUGGUGCCGCCCUUCCGGCCGCAGGUGACGUCGGAGGUGGACACCAGGUACUUCGACGAGGAGUUCACGGCGCAGAGCAUCACGGUCACGCCCCCCGAGAGAUGUGAGCUCCUGGACUCUCCAGAGUGCGACCACCGGACGCAUUUCCCGCAGUUCUCCUACUCGGCCAGCAUCCGGGAGUGACACCUGGCACACCUGGGGACACCUGGGACACCUGGGGACACCUGUGUGCCACCCACCUGGGC